GCGGCGUUGAUGGAGGUGCAGCAGACGAGGACGAGGGGCCACCGGGAUCCCGUUAUUGAGGAUAGGUUGUUUAGAUUUGGCGGGUUGAGUAAGGCGUGCGAUAGAUGUAAGCACGUCUCCUAUUGUGGCAAGGAGUGCCAGGCGGCGGACUGGCCAAACCACAAGCGAGUCUGCAAGACGGAGGCCGCGAAACACAAGACUGAGGAGCUCUAGACAAUCUAGGGGAAGGCUGUGGCCGCUGCCUGCUGUCAGUGUAGUUGUGCCUGGGUAUUCCGUUGAUUGAGCGGGCCGUGUUGGGAAGCCUCGUACUCGGCCAUUUCGAUGUUGCGAGAUGGCUCAGUGGUCUUGAUCAUUUACCAUGAAUUCGUGUUC